AUGGAUUCUGGUUUGAGUGAAGAUGCGGUGCAUGGGCAGCUCCCGACGAUCGCUAAGGGUUUGAUGGGCCACACAAAGCCAGCAGCAGCUGUUUUGGUCUCUCGGGACGCUGAGGAGUUGCAAGAGCCGGUGGCGACCCUUUCUCACGGAAGAGAGCGGGAGGUGGAAACCUUGCGAACGGACAGGAGAGCGCGAUUCGUACCUUCAGUGUCUAGUAUGAGUCUUCAGGGCCCCUUUCUUAAUAGAGACUUUGCCGUUUCAAAUGUGGCUUCUGUCGAUCUUUUCAUUCCGUGCGGCUUUCUCAGAGCAGUUUCUGAAACCUUGCCGGCCGAUCGAGACAUUUCUCAGUUAGAAAUCCGGCCUACCCCCAAAACACAAUCCUGUGAGGAUUUGAGUAAAGACCGCAACAGGAGCAACACUGGUAUUGAAUUAAAAAAAUCGAAAAUUGACUUUGGUAAGGCGCAUUCGGGACAUCGGUUGAUGUGGCAGGCCUCGAUGAUCCCAGCAGCUGUCCGACGAAAGGCGCAGGGUCUUUUCAAGUGGCGAUCAGACCAUAAUCAUGCCAGUAUAAGUAAAGACGAAUACUAUAAGCAUUCGAUGAGGCUUGUGAUUGAGCGGAUGGAUCCACACCUGCCUAACUUUGGUCUUGCGGACAAGACUGAACUUCACAUCACAGUAGAUGUGGAACAUGGUUUGUACGUGGGUGGGUGGGUGCCAACCGCUGAGCUGCUGGCAGUCACAGGACCGAAGGAUGGACCUCACUUGGACCCUUCAGAGGCGCCUGAGAUGAACGGAGAUCAGUGUCUAUUCGGAGAGGCCUCUGCGGACUACAACUUACCAGUGCAUGCGUUAGCUGAUAAGCCUCCUCACGGAGUCAAGAGGAAAGUAUCGGUCUCGCAGACCCGCGCCAAGGGUCUCCACCAGAGGCUGGGACAUGCUCUCCAGGUGAAGCAGAACAUGAGGCAGGUUGACAUUCGCCGGGCUUUUAAGAUGGUACAUGCGGGAAAUAAGCCUCUUGAAGAUUUUAUUCAGGAGAAGCCCCGCAUCAGGAGACAGACCUACGACACCUUGGGCAAGUCCCUCGUUGUGACAGUCAAGCAGCCUCUCCUAAGGCUUCCUCAAGUAGAACCCCCACGCCUCUCACCUGGGCGUGAACUUCGAAACAGCAGAGUCACCAACGUUCUGGAUCCAAUGAACCGAUUGGACAAGCCAUUUGCUUGGGCAGAGGAACAGCCUGAGUUGCACGUCGAGGGGUGGCGUCGCGCCGAGGAGGCAGGUCUGCCGGAGGCUAUGGUGUUUGUGCAUGGGUACAACACGAAUGACGUGCAGUCCAUGCAGAUCAUGGCCCAGAUGGCUGCUUUCGGAAAUUUCCCCCCCUAUAUAAAGCCUUUUCUCUUCACUUGGCCGGCGGGGGAAAAUUUUAUGGAGUUUUUCGACGCCAGGGAAAACGCAAAAAACCCACAACUACAUGCUGCCUUUACAGAUUUUCUCAAGUCCCUCAGAGAUAACGGCAUUCGGCAGAUACACUUGCUGGCACACAGCUUGGGAUCGCGCAUGCUCAUCAUGAGCCUCCACAGGAUAGAGCAGGAAGACAUGCUGUUAAAAAUGACGCAUCUCGAGGACCUCGGGGACGGCCACGCGCAGCUACGCCUUGCGGAUCAAAGAAAGUUGCACAUCGUAUCUCUCAACUUCCUGAAUCCUGAGUUUUUCCUGGAUGAUUUCGUCGCUAAGGAGUACUCUUUCCUUCGGCAGUACUGCAGCAACAUUUCUAUAUUCUGUGACGCUCAUGAUGGAGCCCUGUGGUGGUCUGAGCUCUUCAGCGGGAAGCAAGCGCUAGGGCGGAGCGUCUUUGGCCUUUAUGCGAGGUCCAACGAUUCAGAAAGCUGUGUUGGAGAGCAGGAAAACGAUUUGCGCAAACCUCCUCUCUAUGCCAGUAGCACAGCUUAUUUCCAGGGAUAUGAACCGGAGCACUUGCACGCAGAUACGCGAGACUGGCUGGACGUGGACGUCAUAGAUAUGACAUGGCUGGGGAGCAACGUGCACGCAUUGCGCCACUCGUACUGGUCCCUCAACCGAGAGGUCAUCGAGGACUUGCGAGAACUGAUAGUAACGCGCAAGAGGGCCCGACACAGGACCUCUCGGUUAGACCGGAGAGAAGGAAACGUGUGGGUUUAUCGUGUGGCCCCCUCGUCGCUCACGUCCAUAUUCGACAGUGACAUCUAA